GACGGAGCAAAAACUAAAACAAGGCACUUGUGGCAAGUCUUAUUGGUCCAUUGUUGUUGUCGGGAAAGUGAGUUACUAUGGGAUGGUGAAGUAGUGUUUGGAUGUAUGGAAACAUAAUGGUGAACAAAAUGCCUAAACAAGUCACACUAUUUGCAUCAUUAUUGAUGAUGAAUAUUUUGCAGUUAGUGAGUGGAAACUUAGUAAGAAUCAACGAUGGUGUAUCAGUUUCUAUUGGUCGAACUGUAAAAUUGGAUAAGACAAUGCUUGCAUUUACAAGGACUAACAUGAUGGACACCUGUAAAGUUGAAGUAGUUAACAAUGAGCCAAUCACUCAAAGAGUUGGCCAAUUUCAACCACAGGUGUUUGAUUGUGAUUACUUUCCUGGUUCAUUGCGCUACACUCACUCAGGAUCUCCAUUCCUUUCUGAGGACCAAGUCAAGUUUCGUGUGUACCAUCUUACAACAACAUCAACAUUUCAAGAAACAUUUGUGGUGAAUAUCACAAUAAGAAAUGAUUCUUAUCAAAUCUUUCAACCUAAAAGUCAUUUAACAGUAUCAAAUUUUAAUGGCUUUUCCAAUUUAAUUGACUCAAGUGUAAUAGCUUUCAAUUAUUCCAAGUCGGUUGGGGCAUUUUGUAUGAUAAAUAUUCAAACUAUGACAAGUCAAUUACCUGCUUUUGGACAAUUGGUCAGCCAGCAGUCGGGAAAUACAAGAAGAAUUCGAACAUUGAGCGUUCCAUGUGAUGAUUUAUACACAUCUAGAUGUGUAUAA